AAAGAGAAAGUUGGUGAUGUUGGUAACAGUGAAGGUUUCGGUCGGAUUGUUUUGUGAACGAACAGGAAGAAAAUUCACUUCCAGUUCAAACUGUUUCAAAGCUGAAACACAUUUCUGUCAGUUUGAGUUUAAACUGUUAUUAAAACACUUUGAGGAUUGAAGCGCGUGUGAUUACAUCAGCUGAUUGAUCAGUCACGUAUCACACGUCGCGAGGAAAUAAUCAGGAAGUUAACCGUGACCUCACAUCUCUUCCUCCACACACACACAUUCACACACCCAGCUGAGCCACAGAGCUGAAGCUUCACUCUCUUAUUGAACUCAUACAUACAGAGGUGUGUGUGUGUUUGUGUGUGUGGUUAUUUUUCAGGGGUAGGUCGCGAUGAAUAAGCUGGUGGUCCUCGUGCUCCUCCUCCAGGUGACCGGAUGUGCAGACGGCAGGUGUUUCUGUCAGCUCUCAGGAGAUCUGGACGACUGUACCUGUGACGUGGAAACCAUCGAUGGAUUCAACAACAACGAGCUUUUCCCCAAACUUCAAACUCUGCUGGAGUCCGACUACUUCAGGUUUUACAAGGUGAACCUGAACAAGGCGUGUCCGUUCUGGACGUCCAUCGCUCACUGUGGACUGAAGCUCUGCGCUGUGCAGCCCUGCUCUCCUAACGAGGUGCCGGAGGGGAUCAGAUCUUCGUCUCACAACAAGUACUCAGCAGAAGCUAACCAGCAGCAGGUUGAGUGUGAGCAGUCGGAACAUCUCGGAGCCGUCGAUGUGUCUUUGAGGCGAGAGACCAGAGAGGCUCUGCUGAACUGGAGCAAACACGACGACGAGGCCGAGCGCUUCUGUGUGGUCGACGACGAGGAGUCUCCGGACUCGCAGCACGUGGACCUGCUGCUGAACCCGGAGCGCUUCACGGGCUACAGAGGACCGGAGGCCUGGAGGAUCUGGAACAGCAUCUACGAGGAGAACUGCUUCAAGCCGUACACCAUCAAGAGGCCGUUACUCCCUGACUCGUUCCACAGCGGCUCAGGAAGUGAAGCAAAGAUUUUCUACAGCUGGCUGCAAGGUCAGUGUGUAGAGAAGAGAGCUUUCUACCGCCUCAUCUCUGGCCUCCACUCCAGCAUCAACAUACACCUGAGCGCCAGAUACCUGCUGGAUGACAGCUGGUUCCAGAAGAAGUGGGGUCACAACGUGUCUGAGUUCAGGCAGCGCUUCGACUCGGAGCUGACGGCCGGCGAGGGGCCCAAGAGGCUGAGGAACCUCUACUUCCUGUUCCUGAUCGAGCUGCGGGCGCUCGCCAAGGUGCUGCCGUUCUUCCAGCAGCCGUCCGUCCAGCUGUUCACCGGCAGAGCCGAGGAGGACCGGAGACACAAGGAGCUGCUGCUGCACAUCCUGCAGCUCGCACGAUCUUUCCCUCUGCACUUUGAUGAAACGUCUCUGUUUGCUGGAGAUGAAAAAGAAGCAGCCAAACUGAAGGAGGACGUCAGGCUGGCCUUCCUCAACAUCUCUAGGAUCAUGGACUGUGUCGGCUGCUUCAAGUGUCGACUCUGGGGGAAACUGCAGACUCAGGGAUUAGGAACAGCGCUAAAGAUUUUGUUUUCAGAGCGACAGAUUGAAGCUUUGCCCUCGUCCAGCAAGCAGCGACCCAGUUUCCAGCUGAGCCGGCAGGAGAUCGUCUCCCUGCUCAACGCCUUCGGAAGGAUUUCCACGAGCAUUAGAGAGCUGAAGAACUUCAGAUCUCUGUUAGCAGAAGAGAGAUGACGACCAGGAGAUAAAUCUGCUUAUGUUUAUGUUUAAGCCAAGUGCUGCAGUGCAACUCUGUUAUGUUACGAAAUCUUAUCAAAGUAAAAGUUUGAAAGUAUUCACGUCAAAAUAAACUUGAAGUACCGAAAUGAAAAUGAUAAAUUAUGCACAUUUCUGAAUCAUAUUUGUUAUAUUACUGGAUUUUUAUUGUUAAUGCAUUGAUAUGUCCCUUUGUUUUGAUGUUGCAGCUGGUAAAAAGGAGCUUAGUUUAAUCAUUUCAUGCCCUGUUGGGUAUCUUAAUUCAUAAAAAAUACACAUUAAUUUAUAGCUGAUUUACAUGUUUCAAUAAUUAAGUUACACUGGAAAGUCUGGAAGAAAAAAUGCACUAUUUAACCGCAAAAAGUAGUGGAGUAAAAGUUUAAAGAAGCAAAAUAGGUACCUCGGCAACUCUGUUUUUGGAAGAAUUUUGUCUUUUUUUUCUUGUAUUAAAAUUAAAAUUUGUUUUGACAGUGGUAAUAGUUUUACUGUAUUAUUGAAGUGAUUUUUAAGUUGUUGUUUUAAAAAAAAAUAACUCCAGCUAUUUGAAGGGACUGAAAAGUUUGCAAACAGCUCCAAUGUAAUGUUUUCAGGAAAAUUAAAUCAUGAUUAUUUAUGUGAAAAUGUGCUUUGACUGAUAUUACAGUUCAGUGUUUUUGUGGUUCCGCUGGUGUCCUGAGGGUGGCGCUGUUUGUACAGCUAAGUGAUUUUCACUGAUAAAUACAGAAAAUAAUUACUGUGGAAUUUAAUGCAAACAAGAAGAAACAUUAAUCUGCAGUGUGUGAAUGGGAAGUACUCUGGAAAAUGUUUUUUAUAUUCAAUUUGACUGAUGAGUUUCUUUCUAUCUAAAUUACAAUAAAAUAUGUGAUUUGAGUG